CGAGAGAGAGAGAGAGAGGGAGAGAGGUAUAGAGACUGUGUCACUUGGGAGGUACGAGCCAACUGUCGUCAAUUUCACCAACAGUUGAGACGCAAAUCUUUCUUGUUUGUCCACUGGGGAAAAUAUGCGGACAACGCUGUGCGUAGUUAUAAGUACUCCCCUCUGACCUUCCUGCCCCUCAACUUGUAUGAACAGUUCCAGCGCGCUGCAAACCUCUACUUCCUUCUCAUUGUGAUUAUGCAGUGUGUGCCUGCCAUCUCUACGUUACGCUGGUACACCACCAUGCUCCCACUGCUAGUGGUGCUCACCAUGAGAGGACUCAAAGACCUGCUCACUGACCUGGGUCGUCGCCGGAGCGACUCUCAGAUUAACAGGCGGCCGUGCGACAUCCUCACUACCCAGGGCUUUAGGACUGCUCAGUGGAAGGAUGUUUGUGUUGGAGAUAUACUGCGGAUUCAUAAGGACCAGAUCAUACCUGCAGAUCUUCUCCUCCUCUGUUCCACUGAGCCUCACAGUCUUUGUUAUGUGGAGACAGCUGACAUUGAUGGGGAAACCAACCUGAAAUUUCGCCAGGCUUUGUCCAUCACUCACACAGAACUAACUUCAGGGCCAAUAGAUGCGGAGCUUCAGCUUCAAAUGUUUGAUGGUAUAGUGUUGUGUGAGGAGCCCAACAGUCGUCUCUACUCCUUCAGAGGGGAGUUGCACUGGAGAGGAGAGAGUCACUUGCUAGAGGCAGACCACAUUUUACUCAGAGGAACUACACUCCGCAACACUGACACUGCAUAUGGCCUGGCCUUAUACACAGGCUCAGACAGUAAGGUCCUUCGGAACUGCGGACGUCUGAGAGUGAAGAGGACUCAGGUGGAGAAAAUCCUGAACAGAGUGGUUUUAGGGAUAGUCCUGUUUGUGUUGAUGGUGGCACUGCUCCUGGCGAUCGGCGCAGGGGUGUUUGAACACAACGUGAGCCCUCGUAUCGAGGUUCUGUCUGCGCUGAGGGGGGAUUUUACCCCUGUCUACACGGGGUUCCUCGCUUUCUGGGGUUACGUCAUUCUCCUGAGUCCCUCAAUGCCCAUGACUCUAUACAUCACCUUUGAGGUGAUGCGUAUGAUACACUGCUUUAUGAUUGGCUGGGAUUUGGAAAUGUAUUGGGCAGAGACUGACAGCCCGGCCCAUGCCCGGACCACAUCCCUGAAUGAGGAAUUGGGCCAGGUUGGUCACCUGCUCAGCGAUAAGACGGGAACGCUGACCCAGAACAAACUACUGUUCCGCCAAUGCUGCAUCGCAGGAUGCAUCUACGGAGACACAUCUGUCACCGGCGAAAAAACAAAGCCACUUGAUCUCAGCUGGAACCCUUUCUCUUGCGGCGACUUGCUGUUCUCAGAUCAGCGUCUUGUGGACAGGUUACGUGAGAAAGGAUGCGCACAAACCCGCGAGUUCUUCACUGCGUUGGCACUCUGCCACACAGUUAUGAGCGAGCGGAAAGACGGCUCUCUGCGUUACCAGGCUGCCUCGCCAGACGAGGGUGCUCUGGUGAGCGCGGCGCGGGAACUGGGCUGGGUGUUCCUCACCCGAACCCGAGAUUCUAUGACUCUGAACGAACUGGGUCACACGCGUCAGUACCAGCUCCUGGCUCUGUUGGAUUUCACCAGCAAGAGGAGGCGGAUGUCUGUGCUGGUGAGAGAACCAGAGGGUGGACUGAAGCUGUACUGCAAGGGUGCAGAUAUCGUCAUCCUCGAACGACUGCAGAACAACUGUCCCGACUUGGAGAGCACGGAGAAUGCCCUUGAGCUCUUUGCACAGGGAUGCCUGAGGACCCUGUGCGUGGCCGUGCGGUCGGUCACCGAGGAGUUGUGGAGAGAGUGGAGCCACGGCCUCAAACAGGCUGCCAAGGCAACCGCCCAACGAGAGAAGAUGCUGGAGGACGUGUACGGGCGGAUGGAGACAGAGUUAACGCUGCUGGGUGUAACAGCCAUUGAGGACAGACUGCAGGAUGGUGUGCCUGAGACUAUUGCUAGCCUGCGCAGAGCAGGGAUCAAAGUGUGGGUACUGACAGGGGAUAAGACAGAAACAGCAGUGAAUGUGGGUUAUUCCUGCAAACUAAUGGACCCUGACACCAGACUACUGCAAGGAGAUGAGCUAAAACAGCUCCUGCAGGACUCCUCCCCAGACAUAGCUUUCCUAAAGACCGUAGACUCUGAUGUGUGGAGUACACACAGAGAGACCGGAGGGCGGAAAACCGCCUUGGUUAUCACUGGUCACGAGCUGGCUGAGUUGACUGCUAAGCCAGAGACAGGUGCCAAACUUAUUGCUUUAUCCGAUCAGUGCCAGUCUGUGUUAUGUUGCCGUGUUACACCAGGACAAAAAGCUGAAGUCAUUCACUUGAUCAGGAAACACUCCCCUUCUGUUACCAUGGCAAUAGGAGAUGGUGCCAAUGAUGUGAAUAUGAUUAAAACGGCUCAUAUCGGUGUUGGGCUGUACGGCGUGGAGGGAAGCCAGGCUGUGCAGAACGCAGACUUCGCGGUGGCACAGUUCAGUUUCCUGCGUCGACUCUUACUGGUGCACGGCCACUGGUCCUACCUGCGCAUCUGCCUCUUCCUGAGGUAUUUCCUCUACAAGACCACCGCUUUCGCUCUGGUUCACGUCUGGUACAGUUUCUACAAUGGCUUCAGUGCUCAGUCUGUGUAUGAAAAUUGGUUUAUCGCUCUCUACACAUCCAUGUACACCACCUUCCCCAUACAAUGCUUAGCUAUCUUUGAGCAGGAUGUGAGUGCUGAGGGAUGCGUUUGCUGGCCAGAAGUCUACACAGUCGGUCAGAGGCACAAACUUUUAAACCCUCUGGUUCUGUCUGCCACCCUCCUGUAUUCUUUUUACACCUCCGUCAUCCUCAUCUUCUUUCCUCUUGGAGUUUUCCAGUACGCCUCCCUCGACUACCAGACCUUUGCUGUCACCGUGGCAACGUCGGCCGUGUUCACCACAACCGUUGAGAUUGUCCUGUAUACUAAGUUCUGGACAAAGUGGAACAUUAUAGCCAUCUUUGUCAGUCUGGGGUGUUAUUUUCUGAUAACGCUGAUCACUCAGAGUCCACGACUGUUUCAGUCGGCGCCCACAGACUACUAUUUCCCAGGAGUGGCUCCGAACGCCUUCAGCAACCCUGUGUUUUGGCUAACCGUGCUAAUCACGACCUGCGCCGCCAUUCUUCCAUCCGUGACCGUCCGAGCGCUCGGAUUGGUCCUCGCCAACCCUGACAAACACAAGGUCCACAAUUCUUAUGGCAGUCAAGGAACUGAUUCACCUAAGCUGCAGUCUUGGUUCAAGAGAGACACUCCACGUCGCCGCUCAUCAUACGCCAUGUCCCAGGGGAAAGGCUUCGGGCAACUUCUUACAUCAGGGGCUGGGCUCCACAACAGAGCGCCCCCAAAGGAUAGGAGGUUUCUCUACUUGCGCAAAACAAAGAGUACGCCACAGGCUCUCUGGCUCCCCCUGCUGGAGUGCCACACAGGCCGAGAUCAACCGCUCUCCUCUCUCGACCGCAGUGCCACACAGGCCAACAUCAACCGCUCUCUCCUCUCUCGACCGCAGUGCCACACAGGCCGACACCAACCACUCUCCUCUCUCGACCGCAGUGCCACACAGGCCGACAUCAACCGCUCUCCUCUCUCGACCGCAGUGCCACACAGGCCGACAUCAACCGCUCUCCUCUCUUGA